UGGGAUUGUUCCUAUAUUCCAUGCUUCUGUUUUGGAAUGACAACUCUGGAGGUGAAUCAUGGGUGGCAAGAUCAAUUAUGGUUGUUGAAGAGUAUAUGCUUGUAUGCAUUGAGAAUUUUCCGCAGUUUGGAACUUUCGUUGCUGAUUCUGGAACAAGCUCUCCAUAUUAUUCUCUGCAUUCUGGCUGCACAAUUCGGGAUAUACUUGAAAUGGUCAUUGAGCUCUCUCCCGUUCGAUGUGUGACCUUAACAUUUGCCGAUGUCUUGCCUGCUACUAACUUCUUUUCCAACAAGAUCAAGAAAGAGAGGCAGCUAGCUGAAACCCCAAAUCUCCACACAUGGAAGUUGAAGUGGUACAGCGACGACGCUCUCUUAAAAUUCGUCGCUCUCGUGAAGGCAAUUUAUUUAGGAUUAAAAUCUUCUCCUCUUCCUGUGAAGUGUAUAUCUUGAA